GAGACAAGAGGCGGCGCGCGCAUACGUAGGAAAUCCGGCGCGCGAUAGCUAUAGCAGGAAGUGAGAGCAGUUGAGGGGAAACGGCGGCCAGUUUGGGAUUUGAAUUUAUCAAACUACUUUCAUAAUCUACAAACAUCUACAUUAAUAUGGCAGACCAGAAGGACCAGGAAGACCAUGACACCAGUGCAGAUGGUGCAGAUGACACUAAUCAUGAUCCCCACUUUGAGCCCAUCGUGUCCCUUCCUGAGCAGGAUGUGAAAACAUUAGAAGAAGAUGAAGAGGAACUCUUCAAAAUGCGGGCUAAACUAUAUCGUUUUGCCUCUGAGAAUGACCCACCAGAGUGGAAGGAGAGAGGAACCGGUGAUGUCAAGCUGCUGAAACACAAAGAGAAGGGCACAAUCCGCCUCCUGAUGAGGAGAGAUCGAACCUUGAAGAUCUGUGCCAAUCAUCACAUUAUACCUAUGAUGGAGCUGAAGCCCAACGCUGGCAGUGACAGGGCAUGGGUGUGGAACACUCUAGCAGAUUAUGCUGAUGAAUGCCCUAAACCUGAACUCUUGGCAAUACGCUUUUUAAAUGCUGAAAAUGCUCAGAAGUUCAAGGUGAAGUUUGAUGAGUGCAAGGAGGAGGUCAGAAAAUAUCAAGAAGGAACAGGGAACACCGAUAGUGCCGGCAAGGUGGCGGAGAAGCUAGAGGAGCUCUCUGUAAAAGACAAGGCACCUGAGGAACAGAAGGAAGAGGACAAAAAGGAGACUGAAAAGAAAGAUGAUGAGAAAAAGGGGGUGAAGGUUGAGGAGAAGAAUUGAGAACCAAGAAUUUGCUUUGCUGAUCUUGAAUUGAUCAGUUUUUCCUCUUUUUCUACAAUAGACUCUAAACGAACUGAAUUUGGACACCUGCAUUAUUAGUUGUUUUUUUUUGUUUGUUUUUUAUUUGUUUUGCCUCAGGAUCACAAGUCCUUGAUGCAACUGGGGGAAAAGUACAAGAUAAAGAAUUUAUGAAAACAAAGCCCUUUCCCUCUCUGCACCAUGGAAUGCCACUCUUUCUAUCAAC